AUGGAAGCUGUCGCCAAUCUUAAUGGGAACAUGGAUGAAAUUGACAACAUCGACUUCGAUAUUGAUUUUGAUGUAAAUGAAGCUGGGCGGUCGAUCGCUAUGGGAAAGUAUGACAGCAUUAACGAAAAUCAGUUUGACACAAUGGAUUUUGGUCAAAAAGAGUCUACAAGGGUUGACAACGAGAUGAGCUUGGACAGCUUUUCUCCGAGUACGAUUGGGGAAUCUGAGCUUAAGGAUACGAGCGACGACCAAGCACAAUCAUCUUUCUCGCUGUCUGGCCAACUACAACCCCAACGAUCUGCCCCAAGGGCCAUACCAGAUUCAACAAAAAAAUCGAUUGAUCAUCCCCAAACUAGUGGAUCUAGACCCAGCUCCGCAGGAUCCACAGGAAGUGCAUUUCUAAACAACAUAUUGAAUCCCGCCUCUACGUUCAAUAACACGCACUUGUCUCACACGCCACCAACGCAUAUUUCCACAUCCUACGAGGUUUCUCAUUUCGGGAAGCGUCCCAGGUCUGGGAGUAUUUCUGAGCGACUUCGAGUUUCUUCUGAACUUGAACAAAAGGGGAUGAUCGACAGGGAACAGAAAGGCAUUUUGAAAGACUUAAUAAUCUCGGGUGACAAUGAGCUCCAGGAUGCCUUGGAUAUGUACGAACAGGGUGAUGUGACGAAACUAGAACGAAUUCUUGAAAGUGGCACGUUAUCAAACCGAGCAAUGAAUGGUAUUGAUCUACUUGGAGAUUUAGACUUGGACUUCCUAAAUGUCAGCGACGAUCAUGCUGGGAACGGGCAACUUGGUAACCCAUCAAAUUUCACAGUGCAACCUCAAACUUCCUUCCGAAAUAGCACAAGCGAAAGCUUGAGGCAGAUGUCGGGCUUAGAAGCAGUAGGCGAUGGCAUUGGAGAUCUCGAUUUCGAUGGUGGUAUUGACGGGAACAUAGGUCUGGCACCAAUGGAAUCAUACAGCCGCGAACCUUCCCCAGCGCACCCCAGCAGUGGUCAAAGGUCUCGAUCGAAUUCGACCUUCUCAGUAGAUGUUGAUUAUCGACAAAGAUCAAACUCCCUGUUUUCGGCUCUUAUUGGCAAUGUUCCUCAGGAAGGAAUGCAUUCUGAUUACGGGCGAUGGAUGGAGCGAUCAUCAGAGAACAAUCUAGCAUCUCAAGGGGGGGGUCGUCGGUCCAAGGCUACCAGGCGAGCAUCUGCGCCAACCUCUUUCCAACCGGUUUCUGAAGCAAGUGUGCAUUCAAAUCAGAACAAACGCUUGGGUAGGUCGCCCGCUGCUGUAUCCAAGCGCGAAUUUAGAGCCGAAGAAAAAAGGAGAGAAAGGCAAGAGAAGAAAGAGAGAAAAGAGCGGGAAAAGCUUGAGAAAAAAGAGAAGCGAGAGCAGGCAAAACUGGAAAAGCUGAAGAGGGCAGAGACUGAAGAGAAAGAAGAGCACCAAGCAGGUUCUGGGCGACCGCGCUCUAUGAGUGAUCCGAAUUUGCGGUCGUCAGUUGAUGUAAAUGGCUUGCUUCAAGUAGACAGGCCUGAAGGUUGGAUCGGUGCCUACUCUCCAGAAAGCAGGAAAGUUCGUAUAGCUCGCUUUCUGGAAAAACGAAAUCAUAGAGUUUGGACAAAAACUGUGAAGUACGACGUCAGAAAGAAUUUCGCAGACAGCCGACUUAGAGUGAAGGGACGAUUCGUCAAGAAAGAAGAUGAAUUACUGAUGCGAGAGCUGAUGAGCCUUACGUAA